AUAAAUACGUGCGCCAGCGCCCUCUAGUCGAAAACUUGAGACAACGACCGCGACCGGUGUUUUAUCGGCUGUUAAUUUAUUCCCUCACGUACGUUUUAAUCCGGGCCUAAAUUCUGUUCUUUUUAUCCAGCUUUUACCAAAGUUUACUAAAUUUAUACUUCAAAAACCAUCGAAUAUGAAAACCAUGCCUCUGGAUCAAGACAGCAUCGACAAAUUGAAGCUGUUUAUUGACGUUUGCAAGCAACAACCCGACGUUUUGCAUUUUGAUGAAUUAAAGUUCUUCAGAGACUAUAUCGUUUCACUUGGAGCUACGCUACCACCAAGGAAUGAAAACCCAACUGUAACUCCUACUGAAGAACCUUCUACUACUAAACCAAUGGCUUCCGAACCGGAAGUCGAUCCAAAAGAAACUGGGGACAUUGAUUCUGAUGUCGAAUCCGAAUUGGAAUUUGACACAACAGGUUGUAUUGAACCUGAUGUGAUUAAUGAAGAAACUCAAAUUAUGGGAGAUUCCACUAAAGAGGUUAGUGUAGAAGAAGAAGAUCAAGCUGAUGUGAAACGUAUUGAAGCCGUUCAAGAAGGUGCUGCUGGUAACUAUGAUAAAGCUGUUGAAUUAUAUACUGAAGCAAUAAAAUUAAACCCUCAAUCUGCCUUAUUGUUUGCCAAAAGAGGACAAGCAUAUUUAAACAUGUCGAAACCAAAUGCUUGCAUUAAAGAUUGCACAAAAGCUUUGGAAUUGAACUGUGACUCAGCAGCCGCUUACAAAUUCAGAGGGCGUGCCUAUCGUUUAUUAGGAGAAUGGGAAAAAUCAGCUAAAGAUUUACGACAAGCUGCUAAAAUUGAUUUCGAUGAGCAAACUGAUGAGUGGUUGAAAGAAGUUCAACCGAACGCGUUGAAAAUUGAACAACAUAACAUUAAAAUUGAAAGGAAAAAAGCUGAUAAGGAAGAAAAAGUUAAAAGGGAAAAACUUAGAGCUUAUAGAGAAGCUCAUGCUAAGGCUGCAACUCAACCAGAGGCAACUGGUGAUGAGGAGGGUUUGGGUGGAAUGCCUGGAAUGGGAGGAAUGGGUGGCAUGGGAAAUUUAUAUAAAUUGUUACAAGAUCCUGAAAUAUUGCAAGCAUUUCAGGAUCCUGAAGUAGAAGCAGCAUUUAAAGAUAUAUCUACAAAUCCUGCUAAAUUAGCAUCUUAUCAAAACAACCCAAAAAUAAAAGCAGUAAUUGAAAAAUUAUCUUCGAAAUUGGGUAGUCAAGGUGGAGCAGGUGGUUUUCCAGGAUUUCCGGGUGGUAUGCCAAAUUUUGGAGGUUUUGGAGGAACCACUCCAUCAACCGGGGGAAUGCCAGAAGAAGAUCCAUUGGAUUAAAAAUAAAGAAUGGAGAAUUGAUACAGCUCAAGGGAGGAAAGAAGUUUUUUUUUUGCAUGUUAAUUCAUGAUAAAUUUAUUAAUGUUGAUUGGUAUAUGUUAGUUUUUUUAUUAUCUACAUAAAUACAUUCAGCUUAAUUUUCAUGGUGUGCUGAAAGACUGAAAUCACGUUUUGUUUUUUGUGUAACGUCAUUAAUUUAGAUCUUUAGGUACUAGUUAUUGAGUAUCAUAUAUUGAUUUUAGUGGUUCAAUAAUAAAUUGUUAUUAAGCCUUUA